AUGGACGACCAAGACCUCGCCGCGGAAAUCGACCCCGAAAUGGCCGCCUUCAUGGGCUUCGCCUCCUUCGGCACCCAGCCCGCCGCCAAGAAGCGCAAAUACAACCACCGCACCGACGCCGUCUCCUCCGCCUCCGGUGGCCAACCCUCCGCCCGCGCCCCCGUCGCCGCCGCGACGGGCGCGAACCAGACCGCCCUUGCAGCUCGCACACCGCGCGCCCCGACAAACGAGGCACCCACCGCGCCGCCAGCCAACACCGACGAGAUAGCCCUCGACGACGACGAUGUCGCUGCGGUUGUCCCUACGGAAGAUAAGCAAGAUGACCAGGACCCCGAAGAAGGCGGCGCGAGAAUCUUCUCCGACCCGACCGUCGCGCCGGCCCUCGCCCACGCGCAGAGCCUCAUUGACGAGCUAUCCACCAGCGGCGGCACCGGCCCGCCAGAAGGGACCCCCGCCCCGCAAGCGCAAGGCACCUCCCUUCCGCCCUCGUCGGCGCUGCCCACGCGCCCCGACGCCACGUGGGGCAACGAGUUGGGCGCCGCCCCGACGGCCAUGCCGACGAGGGAGCGGCCCGGGCAGGCUGCCGGACACCAGCCCCGUGGUCGGCAAGGCUACCAACAGCAGCCGCGGAACGACGGGAAGCCCUGGUGGGAGGGGUACUACGACCACGCAUCCAACGAGAAUCCGUGGGAGAGGCUCGAGAGGAAGGCUGGCGUCCAGUCGAGGGGGACUUGGGUGUCCAGGGGCCCGGCUCAGACGGCUUGA